GCAUAAGCACCCCCCCCCCCAACCUCUACUGGGUACUAACACCUCCUCCAUAAGCCCUCACCCUGACCUAACCACCUCCACCCAUCCUCUUCCCCACCACCACCUCCUGGCACCUCCACCCUGACUCCUCCAUAAGCCCCCCAGCAGCCCCCCAGCUCCUCCUCCUCCUUCUCCUCCAGUGCCGCCCCCCCGUUGGGCAGCGUCCCCCUCUGGCGGCCAUGUUGAUCAAGGAGUACCGCAUCCCCAUGCCCCUCAGCGUGGAGGAGUACCGCAUCGCACAGCUCUACAUGAUACAGAAGAAGAGUCGAGAGGAGAGCUGUGGCGAGGGCAGUGGGGUGGAGAUCCUGGAGAAUCGUCCGUACAGCGACGGGCCGGGUGGCGAGGGCCAGUACACCCAUAAGGUGUACCACAUCGGGCAGCACAUCCCAGGCUGGUUCAGGUCCAUACUGCCCAAAGCAGCCCUACGCGUGGAGGAGGAGUCCUGGAACGCCUACCCUUACACACGCACACGCUACACGUGUCCGUUCGUGGAGAAGUUCUCCAUCGAUAUUGAGACGUACUACAAGCCCGACACAGGCACCAAGGAGGAUGUCUUUAACCUCUCAAACUCAGAGAAACGCGAGAGGACCGUAGACCCUAUAGACAUCGUAAAGGACGUGAUCGCCCCUCAUGAGUACCUGGCGGAGGAGGACCCCCGGCUCUACCGCUCGGAGAAGACGCUGCGGGGGCCCCUGACGGACGAGUGGAUCCAGCAGCUGGAGGACGACCCCUCCAUCGGGCCCGUCAUGUGCGCCUACAAACUCUGCAAAGUGGAGUUCAGAUACUGGGGCAUGCAGAGCAAGAUCGAGAGAUUCAUACAUGACGUUGGUCUUCGUAAGGUGAUGGUGCGUGCCCACAGGCAGGCCUGGUGCUGGCAGGACGAGUGGUACGGUCUGACCAUCGAGGACAUCCGUCAGCUGGAGCUGGAGACGCAGCUAGCGUUAGCUGCCAAGAUGGCGCAGUACAGCUGCAACGAGGAGGGGGGCGGGGACAACAAGGCCGACGCCCACACGCCCGACAGCCAACAGCCCAUCAGCGGCGAGGACAAGCAGCCAAUCAGCGCGGCCGAUUCGGGGGAUGUGCGGGGCUCGACCGACACUCUGCAGGCCAAAGGGGAGCUGACUAAGCAGUGGUCCACCUCGUCAAGAUCAUCCAAGUCAUCCAAGAGGGGAGCUGGUAGCCCGUCUCGACACAGUAUAUCUGAGUGGCGUAUGCAGAGUAUCGCCCGCGACUCUGACGACAGCACGGACGACGAGUUCUUCGAUGCCCAUGAGGGCUUCUCUGAUAACGAGGAGAUCUUCGUAAAGGAGAUCACCAAGUGGAACUCCAAUGACCUGAUGGACAAAAUUGAGAGCACUGAUGCUGACGAGUCUCAGGGUGAGGAGCUGGGAACAGACCUGGAGCCGCCCAGUGAGGACAGGGGAACUAAGGACUGUUCGAUGUCUCAGCAGUGUCUGCAACCGUCUAAGAUCCACGUGCUGGUGCUGGUUCUGCACGGCGGCAACAUCCUGGACACGGGGGCCGGCGACCACAGCAGCAAGCAGGGCGACCUCAACACGCUGGCCACCGCCUUCGAGACCGUCAUGAGGGUGCACUACCCCACCGCCCUGGGCAGACUGGCGCUGCGCCUGGUGCCAUGCCCGCCCGUCUGUGCAGAAGCAUACUCGCUAGUGUCACGGUUAAGUCCCUAUAGUUAUGACGAGAGCUGCCUGUCCAACAGCCAGGACCACAUCCCUCUGGCCGCCCUGCCUCUCCUAGCAACCUCCGCACCGCAGUACCAGGAGGCGGUUGCUACGGUGAUCGCCCGUGCCAACCAGGUCUACAGCGACUUCCUCAGGUCUCCAGAGGGGGCGUCCUUCAACGGACAGGUGUGUUUGAUAGGUGACUGUGUGGGGGGUAUCCUGGGGUUCGAUGCGCUGUGCAGCAGUAACUUCAGUGUGUGUGAGAGUCAAAGCAGCAGCAGGAGAACCAGCAUCGUCAGCGUACAGGACCAUGAUCUGUUGUCCCCUGCUCUGCUGGUGAAUAACUCUGGUCUGGAGGGCAGUCGCCACCUGAGCCGCAGCAACAUCGAUAUCCCACGAUGCGGCGGGCCCGAGGAACCACGGAAACAGUUGCCAAGGAAACGCAGCGACUCGUCCACCUACGAGCUGGACACCAUCAAACAACACCAGGCCUUUCUGUCAAGUCUCCAUUCCAGCGUGCUUCGUAAUGACCCCGGCUCUCGGCGUUCGAGUAGCAGCACCAUGCUAGAGGGCGGAGCUUUGGGGAAGCUGGACUUUGAGGUGACCGACUUCUUCCUGUUCGGGUCGCCGCUGGGACUGGUACUGGCACUCAGGAAGACAGUAGUGCCCUCUCUAGACGUGGGUCACCUGCGCCCGGCGUGUCAGCAGGUGUAUAACCUGUUCCAUCCUGCUGACCCCUCCGCCUCCCGCCUGGAGCCCCUGCUGGAGAGACGCUUCCAUGUGCUGCCGCCCUUCAGUGUCCCCCGAUACCAACGCUUUCCCCUGGGGGACGGGCACUCCGCAUUACUGGUGGAGACUAUCCAGAGCAGCCCUCAGCUCUUCCUGGAGGGGGCGUGUGAGGCGUCUUCGCUGCCCGUAGCGGUGUCCGUGCCCGUGCCCGUGCCCGUGCCACUGCGAUGCCCAGAGGCCCUGAACGAGACAUCCAUCCCCGUGCCCAUCCUCAACUGGCACGCCCCACCCGCCCCCGACCACUCGGACAUAGUUCACGGCGGCCAUGGUGGGAUGUUUUUGGAGAGCUCUCACCCCCCCUCCCCCAUCGUGCUGUCGGCUGCCGCGCGGCCCUUCAGACGCCCCAGCGAGGUGUCCAUCUCCAGCCAGGUGUCCGGACACGCAGACAGCUACAGCACUACCAACAUGGCCAACACCGUUUCAUGCCACCGCAGUCAUUCCAAGCGUCUGGGCGUGCUGUCGCAGCUGGCCCUGCCCUACGCUAGGCUGGCUUCCUCCCGCAGCCCCAGCCCCAGCCCCUCCCCCAAGCCCAAGCUGCGACUCCGCGGCCUCAAGGUCUCCUCCGCCAAGGCCUCCGAUGGGGAUGGGGACGAGGACGGGGACGGGGAUGUUGACACAGAGGCGGAGGCGGACUCAGAGUCCACCCUGGCCCCCUCCUCAGAGAGAAACAGCCCCCUGAACUCCUGCCCCAUCCCCCUGGGCUCCUGCCCCAUCCCCCUGGACAUCGAGCAAGUUGCAGGCAAGUGGUGGGGCACUAAGAGGAUCGACUUUGCGCUGUACUGCCCCGACGCGCUGACGGCCUUCCCCACGGUGGCCCUGCCACACCUCUUCCACGCCUCCUACUGGGAGUCCACCGACGUCGUCUCCUUCCUGCUCAGACAGGUGAUGCGUCAUGAGAGUUCCAGUAUCCUGGAGUUGGAUGGGAAGGAAGUCUCGGAGUUCACGCCCUCCAAACCCCGAGAGAAGUGGCUCCGGAAGAGGACACACGUCAAAAUCAGAAACGUGACGGCUAACCACCGUGUGAAUGAUGCAGUGUUCACGGAGGACGGUCCCCAAAUAGUGACGGGACGCUUCGUAUACGGACCACUAGACAUGGUUACACUCACCGGAGAGAAGGUGGACGUGCACAUCAUGACUCAGCCGCCCUCAGGUGAUUGGGUGUACUUCGACACGGAGCUGACCAAUAGCAGCGGACGAGUCUCUUACAUCAUCCCCGAGGCCAAGAGGCUGGGCAUCGGCGUCUACCCCGUCAAGAUGGUGGUCAGGGGUGACCACACGUCGGCCGACAGCUACCUGACAGUGUUGCCGAGGGGAACGGAGUUCGUGGUGUUCAGCAUCGAUGGCUCCUUUGCCGCCAGCGUGUCCAUCAUGGGCAGUGACCCCAAAGUCAGAGCGGGAGCAGUCGAUGUCGUCAGGCAUUGGCAGGACCUGGGCUACAUGAUCGUGUAUGUGACGGGUCGUCCUGACAUGCAGAAGCAGCGCGUGGUGGCCUGGCUCUCGCAGCACAACUUCCCCCACGGCAUCGUCUCCUUCUGCGACGGCCUCGUACACGAUCCGCUACGACACAAAGCCAACUUCCUCAAGUCACUCAUAUGCGAGGCCCACAUGAAGAUCUUUGCUGCAUAUGGCUCCACUAAAGACGUGUCUGUGUAUGCCUCCAUUGGCCUGCCUCCAUCACACAUCUACAUCGUGGGACGCUCCACCAAGAAGAUGCAGCACCAGUGCCAGUUCAUCUCCGAGGGCUACGCGGCGCACCUCUCCCAGCUGGAGUUCUCGCAGCGUUCUCGGCCGGCCAAGACCAGCAGCGCCCGCAUGGUGCUGCGCAAGGGCAGCUUCGGCCUGGGCGGCAGCGGCGACUUCAUGCGCAAGCGCAACCACCUGCUGCGCACCAUCAGCUCCCAGCCCGGCGGCGGCGGGCAAUCGCAGCAGCCGCCCGUGGGCCGGCCCGAGAGGGCCUUCAGCCAAUCGGACGGCGAGAGGGAGCGUGCAGAGCGGGAGCGGGAGCGCGCCCAGCGGAGCAUGAGCGUGGCGGCGGGCUGCUGGGGCCGCACGGGCAGCACCCGGCUGGACAGCGCUCUGCUCAGCCCCAAGUAGCCGAGCGCAGAGCAGCCGAGCGGAGCGGAGUGGAGAGUAGCAGGGGAGCGGAGGGGAGCUGUCCCAGCAUGCAUCUGAACUGAAGACUACAGGACUACGGGGGACUAGAGGUGGAGGAGGGAGGAAGGAGAGGGGGUGGUUCCAAGCAGAGCGCAAAUGGUGUGUGUUUGUGUGCGUGUGUGUGUGCGUGUGUGUGUGUGUGUGUGUGACAACAGGGGACUGCUGAGUGAGAGAGUGUACUCGUGGUUCUCUCACGCCUUAAGCCUUGUGCCGGCACGAGCACGCAUAGUGAAUGUACAGUCACACCUCACGCUCAAAACUCCUCCUCCUCCUCCUCUUCCUCCUUCUCACAAGUGAAGGUUGGGUUUAGGGGAUCCCAACAACCAAUGGUGUCGCCAUACUCCCACAAGCUCCUCCCACGUUCUCAGGGCAGCCUUAGAGGACAAGGCCCCAUCCGUUAUAUAUAUCCCAUGAGCCUCCAGUGUCACUGGCUCCAUCUACUACCCACCGCCUGCAGUAUACUGCCCCCUGCUGGUCCUAUCCACCACCAGGCGUUACGUACCACACACACACACACACACACACACACACAUCCAUCCACCACCUCUGCAACCAGGCAGUAAGCACCACACCACCUCUGCAACCUGGUCCAUCCUACCCUGCCUGUUUACUACGGAACGUACAGACCGCACACACUCCAUAAGGCACCACUGACUGAGUUACAGACACCCCUCAAGGCACCACUGACUGCCCUGAUGUCUGUGGAUCACCACAGUUGGUCCAAUUCUGCUCUGUACUGAUGGGGGAUCCUCCUUUUGCAACUCCCAGAAACUCUUUUUGCUUCACUUUCUCCAUGGCCAACAGAUCCCCUUACUCACAAGCCAAUCAGAAGCCCGGAACAACACACAGCUGACGAGAUUCUAGAAUGUACUGUAGAUCAGCUGCUGGGGGCAUUUCCUGAACUCCUCCUACUGCUCAACAUAGCUCAUGUGGCAUACUUUACUGUACAUGGCAACAUAUGGAUGAUCCUAUACACAGAUCAUCCUCAUUAUGUACAGAUAAUCAGAGACUCCUAUUGGCUGUGGCCUCUUGCUUGCUGGCAGUGUGCAGAGGUCUUAAAUCACGUGCUGGUGAGCUCAGCAGCACAGACAGGACAGCGAAUCGAAUCGUGUCGCUGUGCAAGCGGCGAGCGGCUGCAUCUCGGAGCUCCUGUGGACCUGUUUCUCUUCUUGUAUAAUACGGCACGAUCCCUUUACUAGGUCACACAGUACUCCUGGCAAUAGCACUCUUGUCCUGUCUGCCCUACUCUCUCUUGCUACUGUAUCUCCUGUGUCUCUACCAUGUGAUCACACCGCCGGCGUUGAAUGCGUGGAAAGCGCCGGAAGUAAUUGACUUUGUAUGGGAGAGCAGGCGGCAGAAGCGUUAAAAGCUGCAAAAGCGUUUCUGGAGGCGAGGGCGUCAAAAGUUGAACUUCAUUAGCAGGCGGCAGCCAAUGGAGUAUUCACAUUUUUCUAAACACGAGCUUCGGUUGGUCGAGAUUCCUGGCCGAACGCUUCAGGUUGAAUCAUUUGCCGCGUUCAACGCCCCUGACCAGUGCUUUCCAGGCAGGAGUCAGCAGCGUUGUGGCUCUUUCAACGCCGGUGGUGUGACAGCAGUGUUACUCUGUCCCAUACGGCAGUGGUUCCCAAGCUUUUUCAGACUUUAGACUGGACUUGAGAAUAUUUUUGCGACCCCUCCACCCACCACCAUAGUCUUAGCCUAGCGAUUGAUUCUAGCGAUAUUAGCCGACAAACGAUUAAUGGAAAAAUCUAGCAAUGUUAAUGGACAAAAAAAUUCCAACUUUACCAUUAAUAGUUUGUCCGCUGAUAGGCCUAUUGCCAGAAAUCCACAGGACAGCAAAUACAUCUAUUAACCAUAUAAGUAAAUACUGUUACUAACCUAUUUAUGGAAGUAUGCAGCUGUUAACCUGUAUAUUUACGGGUUUCAUGUAAAAUUCCUCCUGUCCGUGAUCCCCCUUCACCUUCAGUACCUUUGCGAGCCCCCAGAGGUCCCAACCCCCAGUUAAGGAAACACUGCUAUACUAGCCUAGUGAGCUAAACCGGGAGCAAAUUCAAUUUGCUGCCUCUAGGGGCGUCUAGAUUUCUAGGCUACUGCUAUACGGUAUCUCUACCUCUCCUCUCCUCUCCUCCUCCCUUCCCCUCCCUCUGUCUGUCUGUCUCUAUCAUUCUUUCUUCCACAGUAUCCUGGGUGCUGCUGUCGCCCGGGGCGCCAGUCAGCAGGGAAGCCGACAGGGGGGGACAAAGGGGACACUUUUCCCGGGCCCAAGGACAUAGGGGGCCCAAAAUUGGGUUUUCAUUACAUUGUAUGUAUUGGGAGGGGGGCCCUUUCAGAUGACUUUGUCCUGGGCCCAGCCAAAGCUGUCAGCGGCCCGGGGCGCCAGUCAGUGUAGGAUGGUCUGCUUCCUGUCUCCUGCU